AUGAUAAUAGAUACAACAGAAGUACAAGCUAUCAAUUCUUUUUUUAGAUUGGAAUCCUUAAAAGAGGUAUAUGAUAUCAUAUGGAUGCUUGUCCCUAUUUUGACUCUUGUAUUAGGAAUCACAAUAGGUGUACUAGUAAUUGUUUGGUUAGAGAGAGAAAUAUCUGCGGGGAUACAACAACGUAUUGGCCCCGAAUAUGCUGGACCUUUGGGAAUUCUUCAAGCUUUAGCAGAUGGUACAAAAUUACUUUUCAAAGAGAAUCUUCUUCCAUCAAGAGGAGAUACUCGUUUAUUCAGUAUCGGACCAUCCAUAGCAGUCACAUCAAUUCUACUAAGUUAUUUAGUAAUUCCUUUUGGAUAUCGCCUUGUUCUAGCCGAUGUCAGUAUUGGUGUUUUUUUAUGGAUUGCCAUUUCAAGUAUUGCUCCCGUGGGCCUUCUUAUGUCAGGUUAUGGAUCAAAUAAUAAAUAUUCUUUUUUAGGUGGUUUACGGGCUGCUGCUCAAUCAAUUAGUUAUGAAAUACCAUUAACUCUAUGUGUGUUAUCAAUAUCUCUACGUGUGAUUCGUUAAGACAUAAAAUCGACUCUAUUUCUUAUUUCUUUUAUUUAUAGGAAGGAAAUUUCAUGAGUUGAAUCUAUAUUUUUUAUUCAUCAUUUGGGUUGAUGAACUAAACCAGAUAGUUAUAUGAGUGAAAAAAACAGCUUAUUACUUUGCAGUAAAAGGAUUCAGUCUCAUUUUCUAUGUACAAGAGUUAAGUGAAAGUAAACCUAAGCGUUAUAUACUAUUUACCCCAAGUUACCCCAAGAUUGAGUGAUUAGUCAUCAUGGCUUGAAGCGGGUUCAAAGGAGCAACUAUCUAGGGAUUUUACUAGUUCUUAACAUACAUGUAUUACCCUAAUGAGCGGGGUCCUUUUGACCAAAAAGAGUGGAUAGUUAGGAACACCAAGGUACACAAAGGAUUCGUAAUAGAGAUUAUGUAAGUUAUUCAACAGGAUUUUUAUGUGCAUACUGCAUAGAGCAUAAAAGGGAUUAUAAUUGGGGCUUUAUGUUGGUAGAAAUUAUGAAGGAGUACUCCCCAGAUUCCGAUCCAGAGUAUGUUCCUAUCCACCGAUUAAAGAAAUAACUAUCAAGAACGAAGUAAUCCUUUACUUUCCUUUGUUUAAGUACCUUUUUAUGAGAAAGGAGAAUAGGAACAAAAAAAUAAACUCGAAAGAAUUCAAUUGCACUCUAAAAAAAGAUAUUUUUUAGAGAGAUAUAAUUCUUAAUGUUUCGUGAACUAAUGCAAUGUAUCAUUUUUUUGUAAUCAAAAAUGCUAGGUUGAAAUAUUUAUUGAGAUUUCUAUAAAAAACUUUUUAUUUAAAGGUUAAGUUAUUACUCAACAAAAAAAUUUUCAAUUUUUAAAAGAUAAGAUCAAUUCAGAAGCACUUUAUAAUAAAAAAUAAUAUAUAGCAGACAGAAUUCCAUUGUCUAAUUGGGGACCUUGUAAUAGAUUUGGAUUCUAUCCUACAAACAUAUCAAGAUAAAAAAUUCAAGAUAAAUAAUAGUAAAUGGGUCUUAGAUUUAUUUUUGACCUUUGAGGAGCCGUAUGAGAUGACAAUCUCAUGUACGGUUCUGUAAUAGCGUUGUGAACAGUAAUGUUAUCGUCGACUAUAAUUAUCUAACAGUUCAAGUACAGUUGAUAUAGUUGAAGCGCAGUCAAAAUAUGGUUUUUGGGGGUGGAAUUUGUGGCGUCAACCUAUAGGGUUUAUAGUUUUUCUAAUUUCGUCCUUAGCCGAGUGUGAAAGAUUACCUUUUGAUUUACCAGAAGCAGAAGAAGAAUUGGUAGCAGGUUAUCAAACCGAAUAUUCAGGUAUAAAAUUUGGUUUAUUUUACGUUGCUUCGUAUCUGAAUUUACUAGUUUCUUCAUUAUUUGUAACGGUUCUUUACUUAGGGGGUUGGAAUCUUUCUCUUCCGCACAUAGCCCUUCCUUUUUUUUUUGAAAUAAAUAAAGCGGGUAGAGUCUUUGGAACAAUAAUUGGUAUCUUUAUUACAUUGGCUAAAACUUAUUUGUUCUUAUUCAUUGCUAUCACAACAAGAUGGACUUUACCAAGGCUAAGAAUGGACCAACUCUUAAAUCUUGGGUGGAAAUUUCUUUUACCUAUAUCUCUCGGCAAUCUAUUAUUAACAACUUCUUCCCAACUUCUUUCACUGUAAAAGACUAUGAUAUUCUAUCUUCACGACUUGUCUCAAACAAGAACAAGAGAAAGAAACAAAACAAGCAUAAAAUUUUUUAUAGAUAUUCACAAUAUGUUUUCUAUGGUAACUGAGUUCAUGAAUUAUAGUCAACAAACAGUACGAGCUGCAAGGUACAUCGGCCAAGGUUUCAUGAUUACUUUAUCACAUGCGAGUCGUUUACCUGUAACUAUUCAAUAUCCCUACGAAAAAUUGAUUACAUCGGAGCGUUUCCGCGGCCGAAUCCACUUUGAAUUUGAUAAAUGCAUUGCUUGUGAAGUAUGUGUUCGUGUAUGUCCUAUAGAUCUACCUGUUGUAGAUUGGAAAUUGGAAAAGGAUAUUAGAAAGAAACGAUUGCUUAAUUACAGUAUUGAUUUCGGAAUCUGUAUAUUUUGUGGUAAUUGCGUUGAGUAUUGUCCAACAAAUUGUUUAUCAAUGACUGAAGAAUAUGAACUUUCUACAUAUGAUCGCCACGAAUUGAAUUAUAAUCAAAUUGCUUUAGGGCGUUUACCAAUGUCAAUAAUUAAUGAUUACACGACUCGAACAAUUUUGAAUUUGCCUAUGAAAUAAAAAAGAGAGCAACUCCCAAUUAAUAAGACUCCAUUUUGAUGUAAAAGAAAAGAAUGAGGCUCUUGCUUGGUGAAUAACUACAACUCCAAACUAUUGAUUGAUUGGUUUUGUUAGUGAGAAUCGUGGUAAAUUUUUGAUUUGAUUUGAAAUUAAUAUAUAGUUUUUAAAAUUCUUUCGGAUAAAGAACGAAAUAGGUGCAAUAACUAUAUCUAGAUAAAUCCACAUCUGUUCAAAUUAAAUUCAAUUAAUAAUGAAUUAAUAAUGAAGAAGUAUGAUAAAAUGAUUUCUUUUUUCCUGGCCAGGUCAAUUAAAGUUAUGAAAGAUUUCGAUUUAUUUAUCUAUUUAUAUAUAUAAUGGAUUUACCCGGACCAAUACAUGAUUUUCUUUUAGUCUUUCUGGGAUCGGGUCUUAUAUUAGGAGGUCUGGGAGUGGUAUUACUCCCCAAUCCAAUUUAUUCUGCCUUUUCAUUAGGAUUGGUUCUUGUUUGUACAUCCUUAUUCUAUAUUCUAUCAAACUCCCAUUUUGUAGCUGCUGCGCAACUUCUUAUUUACGUAGGAGCUAUAAAUGUUUUAAUCAUUUUUGCUGUAAUGUUCAUGAAUGGUUCCGAAUAUUACAAAGAUUUUCAUCUUUGGACCGUUGGGGACGGAGUUACGUCGAUGGUUUGUACAAGUAUUUUUGUUUCACUAAUUACUACUAUUCCAGAUACGUCAUGGUACGGGAUUAUUUGGACUACAAAAUCAAACCAGAUUGUAGAGCAAGAUUUGAUAAGUAAUAGUCAACAAAUUGGGAUUCAUUUAUCAACAGAUUUUUUUCUUCCAUUUGAACUUAUUUCAAUAAUUCUUUUAGUUUCGUUAAUAGGUGCGAUUACUGUAGCUCGUCAAUAAUAAAUCUUUCGAAUUCGGAAUACAAAUCAAACUUUGUUGGGGGUUAUCACAUUAAUUUCCCUUCUUUUUUUUUUUUUAAUAUAU